CGAGCCUGUGUAAUGUGUGCGUGGCAGUGACGUCACAGAGGAGGAGUCAGGUGCGUCUCCGCACAGAUGAGCGCAUACCUGCACCUUAGAGCAUUUCACGUCGAUUUAACCGACAAGAAAGUUUUUGCAGCUUGACACCAACUUGCUCGCACCUGCUCUCGUUUGAAAGCUCGGUUUCACGGUGUACUCGGUGAAUGCAUGUGGAUUUUCUGCUAGUACGACUGAGCUCCUAACAGGUGUUGGGGCACGCCGCCCGGAGAGAGGACAUGUCCAAUGGGAAAAGCGCAAAUGCUGCACAGAACUCCUCACAGAUGACCCUGAGAGAGUGCCUGGAUGAGUGUAUGGAGGCCCUGGAUCUCUUCCUUAACAACCACUUCAGUGAGAGCCUUGAGAGGCUGCGGCCAAGAGUGAAUGAGAGUAUGUACCAUGCUCUUAUCUACGCCACAGUGCUGGAAAUGCAGGCCAUGAUGACUUUCCAGCAUGAUGACAUCAGCAAUGCAGGAAAUACCAUGAAGAGUGCCCAGGAGGUGUGCCAGAGGUUUCGGCGAAAGUCCCCUGGUCUGGCUAACAAGUUCGUAGGAGAAUCACUCACUGAAGUGCAGCUUCAUGCUGAGGUGUGUUAUGCAGAGUGCCAACUCCAAAGAGCCGCUCUCACCUUUCUACAGGAUGAGAACAUGGUGAGUUUUAUCAAAGGAGGAAUCAAAGUACGAAACAGUUACCUAAUUUACAAAGAGCUGCACUCCCUCAUAAAGUCUCACAGCUGUGUCGAAGGACCCAGCCACGUCCACUUAGAGGGAGGAAUAUCAUUUGGAAUAGGGGCGUUUAAUCUGACGCUGUCUCUAUUUCCUCCACGGAUACUCAAAGUUUUGGAGUUUGCCGGCUUCUCUGGAGACAAGGAAUAUGGUCUGUCCCUGCUGAGAGAUGGCGCGACGGGGAUGAAUCUACGCUCCAUGCUGUGCGCUCUGCUACUGCUCUGCUACUACACCUUUCUCACAUUUAUAUUAGGGACAGGUGAGGGAGAAGUGAAUGAAGCUGAAAGCCUGCUGAAACCGUUCCGGCUCCGCUAUCCACGGGGAGCAAUAUUCCUCUUCUUUGCAGGCAGGACUGAAGAGAUUAAGGGGAACAUUGAUGAGGCAGUGACACUGUUUGAAGAUGGCUGCAAGGCCCAGCAGGCGUGGAAGCAGUUCCAUCACAUGUGCUACUGGGAGCUGAUGUGGUGCUUCACCUAUAAGCGAGCAUGGAAGAUGGCGUACUUCUACGCAGACCUACUGAGCCAGGAGAGCCGCUGGUCCAAGGCCAUGUAUGUUUACAUGAAAGCUGCUUAUCUGAGCAUGCUACCUAACGACGAGGCCAGGCCUUUUGGGGAGGACGAGGUAGAGCUCUUUAGAAAAGUGCCUACCUUCAAGCAGAAGAUAGCAGGGAAGUCUCCCCCAACUGAGAAGUUUGCUAUCCGUAAAGCCAGGCGGUACAAGGCUCCCCGCCCAAUCAAGCUACCAGUGCCAGUGCUGGAGAUGAUGUACAUGUGGAACGGUUUCAGUAUGAUCAGCAAACGACCAGAGCUGACAGAAGGCAUGAUGCAGACUUUGGGGGAGGCAGAGCGCACCCUGCUGGAGUCUCCUGAAAAUGAGUAUUCGGUGGACGACCGCUGUGUGAUCCACCUGCUAAAGGGUCUGUGUUUGAAGAACCAGGGUGCGCUUGAGGCCGCAGAGGGAUGCUUCAUCAAAGUGCUUUCCAGUGAAAAGAAAAUCAAGUUUGACCACUACCUCGUGCCCAACUCUCUGGUUGAGCUCAGUCUGCUCUACAUAGACCAAGGCAGAAGGGAGGAGGCCAUUAAACUGCUGCACAAAGCCAAACAAAACUACAAAGAAUACUCGAUGGAGUCUCGUACUCAGUUCAGGAUACACGCUGCUCUGGCCAAACUGAAGGCUGACCCUGGUGAAGAGGAAGACACUCACCUAUAGCAAGACGGUUCUUCAUGAUUGGAAAGGCUCUUCACACUGGACUCUGUUUCCCCUCACACUUCUGUGUGUUUUAUUUCACGGUUUUUAACUCCUAUCCAUAUUCAACUUUUGAAAACCACAUUUUAUCACUGUGUUCAGGUUUUUUUUUUCAUCACAGUAUGCACAAACAUAUCACUGGACAAAGCUGUUAGAAUAUUUACAACAGCCCGUCCUCCCCAGACUGCCUUCCAAGAGCAUUAAAGUGUCAAGUGGAGUUUAACAUUUUGAGCUAAGGGACAUUUUAUUUUAUGGAUGAUGUUUUAUUGUUUACACAGAAAAUUAAAGAACACUCAGUUUUAAUCAACACGUGAUUGAAAGCAACUAUAAAUAAAUUUUAAAUGCAAGAAAUUUUAGGAUUUAAUGACAUAUAUAGUGAUGACUUUAUUUUAUUGUUUGUGAUUAUGUAAUUAAAUUCAGCAUAGCGUGCUGAACAAGAAGUAAUUGCCAAAAACAGAAGAAUUUAAAAGCCUAAUGUAGAAUAGAAUAAGUGGCUUGAAUAGCCAGCAGCCAGUUGUCCCAUUCUGUGUGGCUGCAGAGGUGAAAAUAACUGUUUACGGCUCUUCUAAACUCACUUGCAAUGUGUAUGAAACUGAUCAGAUUUAGUGUUUAGGCAGAUCAGUGUGUACACUUUCAAAAAAAACUUUGUAAUGAAUAAAAAUUAUUUUUGCAUAAAUAAAUUCUACAUUUGAAUGUU